AUGCCUGCCUCCAUUACCAGUUAUGCAAACUAUCUCCCCAGCGAACUACUUCUUGAGAUCUUGGCUCAUUUCGAAACGCUGGGCAAGCUUGAGAGGCAAACGACGCUAGCCCGCUUCUCAGCAGUCAAUAGACAGUGGUAUGAUGUAGCAGUUCAACCGUUAUAUGAAUCACCAUAUCUGUCUGGAAGCGCAUACGAACUCUUUGUUCGCACGAUAUGUCCUUCUGUACUAGCUCGCAUCAAGCCGACAGCGUUGGCGAGUUUGGUGAAGUCCCUUGACUUAUCCCACAUCGUACACCAAGGCGCCAAGUCCACAACGGCUAGAUUACUAGGCCGAACGAGAGCAUCUCUUGAAGUCUUUGUAGCACCCCAAGCUAGCUUUGCGAUUAAUUGCUGGGCUAGUCUAAGCAAAUGCACUCGACUGCGCGUUCUUGACCUGAGCCUGGUGUCAGAAUGUAUCAGCUUCCAAAGCCUGAACCAAACCAUACGGCAGUUGGGAGAUUUGCGUGAGCUUUACUUGCCUCGCUGUUCGUCGAGAUACGAACCACCAGCGACACCAGGUGGUCCCAGCAUCCGCUGGCCACCCAAGCUUGAACAUCUUGCGUUAUCCGGAUCAGUCUCGGGUCAGUUCCUAUGGGACAUGUUACGACAACCAGACAACUUCCCACCGACGUUCUCCUCACUAGGUAUCUACCAUAGUCCUGGGCUAGAUCAACAAGGCAUCAGGCCGCUGCUCAACAGCUUAGCUGCGUCGCUGACUGUUGUCGAACUGCGUGAUUUGCCAGCCGUCAAGCAAGGUCGACUGAACGGUGUGCUAGACUGGCUACCUAAUUUGGUAUCUCUGACUAUUGCGCUCGACUAUAUUGACAGUCGGUUCGGAAAUAUGCCACCAGACUUUUCUCCGGCGCGAUGGCAAGAAGCCAAGCCACUGUACAGCCUCACCCUUGUCGCCUGUGGACGAACUGGCGAUCCGUCACGCAGCUUCACCAUGACCGAUCUUUUUACCAUGAUAGACGAGCGUUUCUUAGGCCGUCUACGCUAUUUGAGUAUAGGAUGGAGUACUGAGUGGCAGAGUGAGGAUGAGGUUUUGGGUGCGCUGGAUUCUAGCAUAGAUGACUUGGACAAGGAGAAUUGGUUGGAGCGCAGAUGGCACUAUCAAGAUUUGGAUUUUACGGAUACGAGAGACAUGGAAUACGAGCAAUGGAGAACAAACACAGCAAUGGGUAGAAGGAUGAGACCGCGAUUUCGACUUUUGAAAAAUCGAUGA